UGAUAGAUAAGAAAGUCAUCGCCACUACUAGACUAGUUCCUCCUAGGAAGUUGAAUAUGACCAACCUCCUCGACAUCAUAAUGCGCGAGAGGUACAUGAUGCGUCUGUUCAACUACAUCGUCUACAAAUUGGAUAACAGAGAGGCAAAAGAAUGGAAGGACGGGAACUUCUUUGACUAUGAAAACGCGAAGGAGAGGUUUGGCGUUAAGGCAGGCGAAUGGGAUGAGGAAAGGGAUAGGAUCCCUUUGGAAUACGUCCGGAGGGUUCCGAAAAGACUCGGCGGAGAGCAAGAGGAAAAAAACCUGAAAGGAGAUGGUCUAAAGGCCAUGGACGCGUUGUACAGGGAUGCGUCAUUCCAUUUCAAGUACUUCGUGUACCACACCAUAGGGAAAGUGGACUUGCUGACAACUAAGUUGCGACGGUUGAAGAACGUUGCGCUUCAUCUGUGUUGGGAGAAGAAAGGGCGACGGUCGACAUUGCUGCCGGUCAACAUGCACCUGAAGGAGUUGCUGCCCGCGACCGACGAAAUUGUGACUGCAGCCACGAACUUGAAUUGCAAGGCCGCCAUCCUCGAUCUCGCAAACCCGAAGGACUGCCUUGCAUGGUCGCCAGCCGAUUUCGAUGCUCUGCACAAAAUGAUGUCGAAAUUGUGCGGCAGUAAUUGGAUUCUGAUUGUUUUUGCCCCGCAAAAACAACAGAAGAUCGUCAUGCGGCAACUGUACAACUGGGACGACGUAGAGGUGAUACCUGGGACUUGGAAACGUUAUCUCGUUGGGACGGCUGUCAACAAGUACGGAAAGUUGCAAGCCAACUACAAGGACACGAUGGCGGUCGUCCUGCAUACCGAGGGCGGCGACCUUAGGAAGGUCACGAGGAUCCCUAAGUCGGAGGCAGAGCUAGUGGAGCUUCAUGUUGAGGAGGAGAAGUUUAAGAGGUGCACAGCAAAGCACGGCGGCGAUGAAGGAAAUGAACGAGAGGAAUAUGGGCGGUGGGAACGACAUCCGACACGGAUGCAGAAGCUAUGUAGUUCAUUUCUGCACGAGGAUCAGGGGGUAUUACUUAUCGAAAAGCCACAUGCUGGACUUGUGUGGGAGCUUUUGCGCGCGGGCUAUCAUGUUUUUGCAUGCGACGGGUCGUCCAAAGACAUCUCGUACUUGACGAAGGCCAUCGACAUUCUUGAGAAGGACGCAAGAAACAAUUGCCCGGUUGAGAGGCAGAAGACAACGCAGCGCCCGGACAGAGAUAUGUACCACAAGCUGGGCAAGAAGAGAAACACGAUGUGGGACUAUCUGUUCCAAGUCCAACCCAAAUCGCUAUUCGAGAAUGACUACAUAGUUCGCAAAGCGAUGACACAGGAAGCGUAUGGUGGCUACCAUAAAGCGCACGUGGGUGCGUUUGCAAUGUUCGUGGCGAGAUGUGAACAAAUUAGGUUCGCAGCCAAUCAGGCUACGCUGUCGUACGAUGAGUACAACAAAAUCGCCAAAACAACCGAUGCAUGGAAUCCGAUAGAGAGCGACGAGGAGACCGAAACAUCGGACCUUGAAAUUGAAGAACGUUUGCGAGAGGGAACGCAGAGUGUGCCAGCAUGCAGCGUGCCGAACGAGAAUCGAGAAGAAGGUCACACAAAAUCGGGAGGUGCGAGCAGUCCAACGCGUGACGUGACCGACAGGGCGAGUUUCGUUGAACAGAUGCAAACGGAUUCGCCUACGCCCCUCUAAGCACUUGAGAAUACAUUGAUUCACGGCUAUCGUCACAGGCUCCAGGGGAGGCAUCGCAGUCUUCGAG